AUGAGCACUGCUGACCCUAUCCUCACCACGAUGGAAGAGGACCCCUACAGCAGCAGCAGUGACUAUUCCUACGACAAUGCCCCCAGGCCCUGCAGCAAAGGGGGGGUCAAAUCUUUUGGGGGGCUGUUCCUGCCCCCCAUCUACUCCCUGGUGUUCCUGCUGGGCCUGCUGGGCAACACCACUGUCGUCCUGGUCCUGUUCAAGUACAAACGGCUGCGCUCCAUGACUGACGUGUACCUCCUGAACCUCGCCAUCUCCGACCUGCUCUUCGUCUUCUCCCUUCCAUUCUGGGCUUACUACGCCGCCGACCAAUGGAUCUUCGGGCUGGGUUUGUGCAAGAUCAUCUCCUGGAUUUAUCUGGUUGGGUUUUACAGCGGGAUCCUGUUUAUCAUGCUGAUGAGCGUUGACCGGUACCUGGCCAUCGUCCACGCUGUGUUUUCCCUGAAGGCCAGGACCUUCUCCUAUGGGGUCAUCGCUAGCUCGGUCAUCUGGUUGGUGGCUAUCUUAGCCUCCUUCCCCACGCUUCUCUUCAGCGAGUCCUUCUGGGAGGAAGGCCACAUCUCCUGCAAGUCCAGGUUUCCCAACAACUCCACCACCUGGAAGGUUCUCAGCUCCCUGGAGAUCAAUGUCUUGGGCCUCUUGAUUCCCCUGGGGGUUAUGCUUUUUUGCUAUUCCCUGAUCAUCAAGACCCUCCAGCACUGUAAAAAUGAAAAAAAGAACAAGGCGGUGAAGAUGAUCUUUGUGGUCAUGAUCGUCUUCCUCGUUUUCUGGAUCCCUUACAAUGUAGUGCUUUUUCUCGAGGCCCUAGUGGAACUGGAGCUCCUUAAAGACUGCACGUUUGAGAAACACCUCGACUAUGCCCUGCAGGCCACAGAGACGCUGGCGUUCGUUCACUGCUGCCUCAACCCGGUCAUCUAUUUCUUCCUGGGUGAAAAGUUUAGGAAAUACAUAAAGCAGCUCUUCAAAACCUGCAAGGUCCCCUUGGCUCUCUGUAAGUACUGUGGCAUCCUCCAAGCAUACUACCCGGAAACGCCCAGUUCAUCCCACACCCAGUCUACUAUGGAUCACGAAAUCAACAAUGCCUUGUAG